AUCAACAAUAAAAACAUCACUUGUCAUCUACUGCAGUUGGUUGCUAAAACAGCUAAACAGUUAAAGCUCUUUAAACGUGGAUAUAUACCACUGUGUUUUACGCACAAAUCUGCUGUAUUUAGCUAGUUGUUACCCAUUCCAAUUGUAUAUUUACGCCGUUAUUAGCUAGGUACCCGGCUGAUUGAUUAUUCUGGUCGCUAUUGUUAGAUAGCUAGUUAGCCAACACCCCCAAACAUGAGUUCACUAAACUACUCUAUCCCAGCUAAAGAAGAGGUCUGCUGGACGGAGAGAAACGGUCUGUGGCUGAACAUUGUUGUGAAAGAAGAGAAAGAACAAGAGGAUGUCACAAAAGAAGUAAAGAGUGAGGCUAUUCCGGUGAAAGAGAAAUUAGCUGAGUUGAAAGAGGAGGAUGCGUUCACAGUCAAAGAGGAGGGUGUUACUGUGAAAGAAGAGGAAGAAAAUGAGGAAAAUAACGUUUUCAGAGUGCAAGAGAAGGGGAAGACGACUGUCCCAAAGAAAGAUGGAGAAGAUGAGUGCACUGGAUAUCUUUGUAGCCGAGAGAGACAUGACUAUCCUGGAUCCUCUGGGGAAACUCAACGACAUUGUGAUGCGGACAAUAGAGAGAAGAUUAUAUCCACAUCAGAACACCUCAAGCAACACCAGCAGAUACCCAUAGGGAAGAAACCUCAGUACUGCCCUGAAUGUGGAAAGACUUUCUCUGGAUUGGAUUCACUUAAAUUGCACUUGAGAAUUCACAGGGGAGAUAAGCCUUACCAUUGUUUAGUCUGUGGGAAGAGUUUUACUCAAUCGGGCAACCUGACAAUUCACCAGCGGACACACACAGGAGAAAAACCUUACCGCUGUGAUCAAUGUGGAAAGAGAUUCACUCAGUCAGGAGAUCUGACUGUACACAAUAGAAAACACACAGGAGAAAAGCCUUACCACUGUCUAGACUGUGGUAAGCGCUUUACUACAUCAAGCCACCUUGUAUCACACCAGAGAAUACACACAGGAGAGCAGCCUUACCACUGCUCAGACUGUGGAAUGAGCUGUACUACUUCAAGCCAGCUGGUGGUACACCAGAGAAAACACACUGGAGAGAAGCCGUACCACUGCUCAGAUUGUGGAAAGCGCUUUAGUAUUUCAGGUGAGCUGACUAGACACCAGCGGGUACACACAGGAGAGAAACCUUACCUUUGCUCUGAUUGUGGAAAGAGUUUUGUUAGGUCAGCACAUUUAAAAUCGCACCAGAGAAUACACACCGGAGACAAACCUUAUAGCUGUGAUCGCUGUGGUAAGACAUACUCUUAUUCAAGAACUCUGUUUAAGCACCAGAAAAGGCAUUCAGGAGAUUCACAUAGUGUAGAAUGAUGCCAACUUCAGAACCAAUCUCUAGCAGUAGACCUGGGGAUUUCUAGCAGUAGACUUGGGUAGCUGAACAAAAGUGUGGGAUGAGAAUUUCAAUAUCCAUUAUCUCAGAGUGUGCUGAAAUACUUUCUGUAGCUAGAAACAGGCAAGAUUAGAUAAGUCUAUAACUCAACAAACCAUGGAGAAGGGGUUUUGACUACCUCAUAAAGCUGUUUCAGAGAAUGCAAAGUGUGUGUGAAGAGAUCAUCAAGGCAAAGGGUGGCUACUUUGAAGAAUCUGAAAUAUAAAUGUAUUUUGUUAAUCUGUUAAACACUUUUUUGGUUACUACAUGAUUCCACAUGUGUCGUUUCAUAGUUCUGUUGUCCUCACCAUUAUUCUACAAUGUGGAAAAUAGUAAAACUAAGGAAAUACCUUUGAAUGUGUCUAAAUAUGACUGGUACUGUAUGUAUAUAUAAUAUGAAAUGAUAAAAGAAACAUGCAUGCCACAGUUAUUGCUAUAGAUACAUACGUAUUAUUAAAAUAAAUACAAAAAAAUUUUUGGUAGGGGGUAUUGUGUGUAGUUUGUUUGCAAAAAAAUCUAAAUUUAAUUAAAUUUAAGCUGACAAAAUGUGGAGAAAGCUAUUACUCAAAUCUAUAUGCUUUGGCUGGAAGUGUGCAAGACAUGCCAGACAAUCCUCAAACCGUACACAUUUGGCUGAGUUUUGCAGCAGUGGGCAAAAAUCCCUCAGAGAAAUACAUCAGAACCUGAUAAGUGGCUACAGGAGAUGUUUACUUCAGGUUUUCGCAGCUGUUGGAGGCGCCACAAGCAAUGGAAUGAAAGGGUUCACAUACUAACUGGGGAACACAAUUGUUGUCCCUUAUGUAUUUUUUGUGACUGUUCAACUUAUUUUGUAUUUAUAUGCUCAUGUAUGUA